UUGCUUUCCCUUUUGCUCCAAUUGUCACUAAGAUUUGGUUCCCCAAAACCCCACAAUUGCAUUAGGGUCUAGGUUUUCUGGGUUUUUUUUUCUCCAUUCCAGCGGUUGUCUUCAUUUCAUGCUGCUGGAGAAAUGAAGACAUCCUAGAUUUCUGUGGUGAUUGAUCAACAAGCAAAGCUGUGAAGAUGUCUAGGCAAUCAACAACUCCUGCUUUUCACAAGUCCAAGACACUUGACAACAAAUAUAUGCUCGGCGAUGAGAUUGGAAAAGGAGCAUAUGGGCGAGUAUACAAAGGCUUGGACUUGGAGAAUGGAGACUUUGUUGCUAUUAAGCAAGUCUCUCUGGAGAAUAUUGCUCAAGAAGACCUGAAUAUUAUCAUGCAAGAGAUUGAUUUGCUUAAGAACUUGAAUCACAAAAAUAUUGUAAAGUACUUGGGAUCUUUGAAGACAAAGACUCAUCUCCAUAUUAUUCUUGAAUAUGUGGAGAAUGGUUCACUUGCCAACAUAAUCAAGCCCAAUAAAUUUGGACCCUUUCCAGAGUCUUUGGUUGCUGUUUACAUAUCUCAGGUUUUGGAAGGAUUAGUGUAUCUACAUGAACAGGGUGUAAUUCAUCGGGACAUCAAGGGUGCAAAUAUAUUGACAACCAAAGAGGGUCUUGUCAAACUUGCAGACUUUGGAGUUGCAACAAAACUAACAGAGGCUGAUGUUAAUACACAUUCAGUUGUUGGGACUCCAUACUGGAUGGCUCCUGAGGUCAUUGAAAUGUCUGGAGUUUGUGCUGCAUCAGACAUUUGGAGUGUUGGAUGCACUGUUAUUGAGCUUCUCACAUGUGUACCCCCAUAUUAUGAUCUCCAGCCGAUGCCUGCUCUCUUUCGAAUUGUGCAGGAUGACCAUCCUCCUAUACCAGAUAGCUUAUCUCCUGCUAUUACAGAUUUUCUGCAGCAAUGCUUUAAGAAGGAUGCUAGACAAAGGCCUGAUGCCAAGACAUUACUUUCACACCCUUGGAUACAAAAUUCAAGGCGUGCUUUACAAUCAUCGCUUCGUCAUAGUGGAACAAUAAGAAAUAUAGAGGAAGAUGAUUCAGAUAAUGAGGAAAUAUCAAAUGGAGAUGAUCAGAGCAAUGUUGAAGACGUUUCAGCUGAGAAAGGGUCUAGAAAGGAGUUGCUAUCAUCAGAAGCUGCUGAGGUUUGUACAUCAUCAGACAAAGAUGGAUCUGGUGGUAAUCUUUUUGAGGACAGAGCAGAUAGUGCUGAAGAUGAAGCUGUAUCAGAUCAAGUCCCUACCUUGGCUAUCCAUGAAAAGAAGUCCAUUGGGAGCCACUCAAGUAGACAUGCUGCAGGUGAUGAGACUGCUCCUAAUUUGAGUGAGCAUCAGCCAUCCUAUCCGGCUGUGCAGGACAAAGUGCUCAUGAAUGGUGAGCGGGAAUCUUCUGAAUUAAAAACAAAAGGUGUAGUGUCUGAAAAGCUUGAGGAUAUCGAAAAUAGUGUAAAUGGCAGGCAUGAUUCAUUUGCAUUUGGAGUAAAGAGCCAGGAUUCUAAUUCACGCAAGGUAAAGCUGAUCCAGCUGCUGUUUGUGUCUCCAUACUUUUCUGAGGAACUUGUGCAAACAAAGCUCAACCUGAGUAGAUUUAGUGACACUCCUGGAGACGCCUCCUUGGAUGAUUUGUUUCAUCCACUUGAAAGGAAUCUUGGGGAUCGUUCGGCUGAAGCCUCAACAUCUGCAUCUUCAUCAAAUGUAAAUCAAACUAAUGUUGACUCUGGCAAGAAUGAUCUAGCAACAAAAUUACGAGCUACCAUUGCGCAAAAAAUGGAGAAUGAAACUGGGCAGGCAAAUGGUGGUGAUCUGCUUCGUCUGAUGAUGGGUGUUCUCAAAGACGAUGCUAUUGACAUGGAUGGUUUGGGUUUUGAUGAUAAGUUGCCAGCAGAAAAUCUUUUUCACCUUCAGGCUGUAGAGUUCAGCAGGUUAGUGUUGUCAUUGAGGCCAGAGGAACCAGAAGAUGAUGUUGUAGCUGCUUGUCAGAAGUUGACUGCUUUCUUUCACCAAAGGCCUGAGCAGAAAAUUGUCUUUGUAACUCAGCAUGGUUUACUUCCUCUGAUAGAGUUACUUGAAGUUCCAAGAACUCGCGUAAUAUGUUCCGUGCUGCAACUUCUAAACCAGAUAAUCAAAGAUAACAGUGACUUUCAGGAGAAUGCUUGUCUUGUGGGUCUUAUCCCUGUUGUAAUGAGCUUUGCUGUUCCUGAUCGUCCUCGGGAAGUUCGUAUGGAAGCAGCUUAUUUUCUGCAGCAACUGUGCCAGUCCAGCUCCUUGACAUUGCAAAUGUUUAUUGCUUGCCGUGGGAUUCCAAUUCUUGUGGGCUUUCUGGAGGCGGAUUAUGCAAAAUAUAGGGAAAUGGUUCAUCUAGCUAUUGAUGGCAUGUGGCAGGUAUUCAAGCUUCAACGCUCAACCCCUCGAAAUGAUUUCUGUCGCAUAGCUGCCAGAAAUGGUAUAUUACUUAGGCUGAUCAACACUCUUUAUAGUUUAAAUGAGGCUACUCGUCUAGCUUCUAUAUCUGGUGGUGGUGGAUUCCCACCAGAUGGUUUGGCUCCACGGCCACGUUCUGGUUCGUUGGAUCCUUCCUUGUUGCAGAGUGAGGUAUCACAUUAUGGGGUUGAUCAACCUGAUCACUUUAAACUUAAGCAUGGAACAUUAGAUCAUAUUUUGCCGGCUGGAACACAGGAAACAGCACGGGCUUCAGUUUCACAAUCACCGGAUGCCAGAUUCUUUACUCUUGAUACUGACAGACCGCAGUCAAGCAACACUACACUGGAAGCUUCAGGCAGUUCAAAAUUGUCUGAUUCAACACCUUUGGACAAAGUAGUCAGUGUGGCAGCAAAAGAAUUUCCUGUUGCUAGUUCGAGAGAAAAAGAGAGUACAGAUCGAUGGAAAAAUGAUCCUUCCUGUAUUGAAUUUGAUCCAAGGCAGCCGAGAGGUGCUGGUAUGGCAAAUAGAACAUCCACGGAUCGGCCAGCAAAAAUGACUGAGGGUGCACCAAAUGGAAUUUUUUCAGCAACUGCUACCCAGCAAGAGAAUGUUCGGCCACUUCUAAGUUUACUGGACAAGGAGCCACCAUCACGUCAUUUUUCUGGUCAGCUUGAGUACGUACGGCAUCUGACUGGGCUGGAGAAACAUGAAAGCAUACUACCUCUUCUACAUGCAUCCAAUGAAAAAAAAUCAAACGGGUUAGAGUUUUUGAUGGCUGAAUUUGCAGAGGUUUCUGUGCGUGAAAGGGAUAACAGUAACUUGGAUUCAUUACCCAGAAAUUCAUACAAAUCAGCAAACAAGAAGGUUGGACAACCAGCAACUAUUGAUGGAAUGGCUUCUACGUCAGGACUUGCAUCUCAGACUGCAUCUGGGGUUCUGUCUGGCUCUGGGGUUCUAAAUGCUAGACCAGGGAGUGCUACAUCAUCAGGGUUGCUUUGUCAUAUGGUAUCACCUUGGAAUGCUGAUGUUGCCAGGGAAUAUCUGGAAAAAGUGGCAGAUCUUCUUCUUGAGUUUGCUCGGGCAGACACAACUGUGAAAUCCCAUAUGUGCAGCCAGAGUUUGCUUAGUCGUCUCUUCCAGAUGUUCAAUAAAAUAGAGCCCCCUAUUCUUGUGAAGUUAUUGAAGUGCAUCAAUCAGCUAUCAAUGGAUCCACACUGCUUAGAACAACUUCAGCGAGCAGAUGCAAUCAAAUAUUUGAUUCCAAAUCUUGAUCUCAAAGAGGGUCCUCUUGUUUCUCAAAUACAUCACGAGGUCCUCCAUGCACUCUUCAAUCUCUGUAAGAUCAAUAAGAGGAGACAGGAACAGGCAGCAGAAAAUGGGAUCAUUCCACAUUUGAUGCAAUUUAUCAUGUCUGAUUCACCACUAAAACAAUAUGCCUUGCCUCUGCUUUGCGAUAUGGCCCAUGCUUCACGUAAUUCAAGAGAACAGUUACGGGCUCAUGGUGGGUUGGAUGUGUACUUGAGCCUGCUAGAAGAUGAGCUCUGGUCUGUCACGGCAUUGGAUUCUAUUGCUGUUUGCUUGGCUCAUGAUAAUGACAGCAAGAAGGUCGAACAAGCUUUACUAAAAAAGGAUGCUGUGCAGAAACUGGUCAAGUUUUUCGAGAACUGUCCAGAACAGCAUUUUCUGCAUAUACUGGAGCCUUUCUUGAAAAUUAUAACGAAAUCUUCCCGAAUAAAUACAACUCUUGCUGUUAAUGGCUUGACGCCACUGCUGAUUUUAAGGCUACACCACCAGGAUGCUAUAGCCCGGUUGAAUCUGCUGAAGCUAAUAAAGGCUGUAUAUGAGCACCACCCUAGACCAAAGCAACUGAUUGUGGAGAAUGAUCUUCCAUCCAAGCUUCAGAAUUUAAUCGAGGAACGUAGAGAUGGGCAAAGUUCUGGAGGACAAGUUUUAGUGAAACAGAUGGCUACUUCUCUGCUUAAAGCACUUCAUAUCAAUACUGUUUUGUAAUUUCAAGUGUUUGACUACUGUCUUAAUGCUGUGCAUUGUAUAGCGUGCAGGGUGUAAUUAAUUCCAGUAUAUGCCCCAAAUUUUUAAUCAUUGUUUUUUGGCUUAUUUAUUUUACAAAAUUCUCAUGUUGAACUUCUUAAAACACAAGUCCUAGGUAUCCUUUUUCGUUUUUCUAUUUUAAAUAUCUUUAAAUAGCUGUUUCAGAAUGGUGCUUAUUAGCCACCAUCUCUCUCUUGUAGAAAGCUUUUGAUUUAGUGUAUGGGCAUCUUUGAGUAAAUGUAAGUUAAUCUCUUUCCUUGGCUUU